AUGUCGUCGUCCAACCGCCAACUCGUCCGCCAACUCCUCGUAGCCGCUACAGUCGGUGCAGUCCUUGCCAGCAUUCUGUUGACGGCUUUUGCCCGCCAGCCAUCGCCAGCGACCGUCUCGAGCAGCGGCGGCGGCGGUGGCGGCGGCAGAGGCGGCAUCCUCCCGCAGCAGGAAAGGCCGUCGACGGUCAAGAUCUGCAACGCCCUCCACGCCCUCAGGGAGAUGCACCCAGAGAGUCCGAGCCUCGUGCUGAGCCCCCUGGAGCUCCUGAGCCUCUCAACCACUGACGUGGCUCUCCGCGACGCUGGGAAGGCGUCUUCUGCAAAGGCAGGGUCACAGGCAAACAGGGCCCUCCGGGCGGCCAUCCUCAAGAGCGGGAACCAUGUCCGGGAGCCCCUCUGGGCGAGAUGUGCAUGGAAUAAGAAGAAGAACAAGGGUGGUGGUGUUGAUGGCGGUGGCAGUGAUGACUGUGCAGACGGGCUGGCUCAGCGCACAAUCCGCGCCAGCUACGUCGUCAGCGAUAUGCUAUUAGACAAUGCGGCGCGCGUUGAGUUCCUGACAAAGCUGCAGCCGAAAUUGGGCGAGAAUGGUGCCGUAACUCUCAAACAUCGGCUGGAAGCUGUUGACCGGUUCUGCGCCCACGCCUGGAAAUCAAGGGGGUGGUAA